GGCGGAUGAACUACCACAUGUGGAACUUCAUGAUCAUGCAGUUUGUCCUCGUCCUGCUCGGCAUGUGCACGUUUGCGGUGGACCCGUGCGCCAUCGACGCCCGGCUCGGCCUCGCCUUCACGAUGGUGCUCGCGAUCAACGUGUUCCAGAUCCUGCUCGUCGAGAACCUGCCCGAGAUGGGGGACCUCAGCAGGCUGCAGUGGUUCACCAUCAUGAACACGAUCGUGCUCGGGCUGAUGGCCGUCGAGUCAGUCGUCGUCUGCAACUGCUCCAUCGAGUACAACGCGCUGCUAGACACGCAGCGCCGCCUCAAGCAGUACGUCAACGACGCCGACGCCAUACUUUGCGCGGUCCGCCUGCAGCGAGCCGCCCGCAGGAGGCAGCUGCGCCGAGCCUCCUCCUCCUCCUCCUCCUCCUCCUCCUCCUCCUCAUCGGCGGCGGCGGCGGAGGGCGACGUCGAGGCGGGCGCGGAGCCCUCCCUCGUCCGCCGCACCAGGGCGGCCAUCGAGAGGGCGGAGGCGGACGAGGAGAAUCCGAGCCGUGUGACACUGUACGUGCUGAAGCGCAAGCUAGAGCGCCUCCGGAUGCGCUGCGUCGCGGGGAUCGCCGUCUGGGGCGACCUGGUCUCGGCGGUCCUCAUCUUCCCGGUCCUGCUCGCCCUCGCCACCGGGCUCUCUCUGGGAGGCGUGCUCGACAACUUGAGGUCCGAGGCGUGAGACAAUCGCCGCGUAGUUGCCCGCCCAGCAUGCACACUCUCCCGCCUCUUUUAUAUUAUUAUAGCCACCCUUCGCCACUUUGUGUAGACUGCCUAUAGAUUUCUGUACAGU